AUGUCGUCGUCCGCCGACACCACCUCGACCAUCGUCCCCCCAUCCCCCACCUCCCCCACCGCUUCCCGCAAGGGCCGUCGGAUAUCCAUACAGGAAGAAGACCGCCCCGCAAACGAAAAGUUCUCCAACAUCCACCGCUCCCCCACCCAACAUAGUGGCAACACUCCCAUCUACCACGGCACCAACGAUGUUGGCAUCCACCGCACCACCACCUCUGGCUCCCGCCGCGGGCCUCCCGAUCUCGCGUUCCCCUACCUCACUACCAAUAUCUCUCGCGGUGGUAUCACUGAAGAGUACCGAGUAGAGACCAGGGAAGGUUACAUUCCUAUGGAUGAUCCUGAACGGGGUCUCCAGCCCGUCCGGUCGCGUGCUUCGACACUCCAUGGUGACCAGUUUGUCCUUCACGACAAGGAGAAGGGCGGUAUGGGAGACAAGAAGCUGGUGACAUGGCUGGAGAACGACCCCGAGAACCCGAGGAAUUGGAGCAAUUUGUAUCGUUGGACCAUCACUGGAAUUGUCUCGUGUGCCGUCAUCCAAGUGGCCAUGUCGUCUGCCAUCGUCACUGGUGACUUCAAAGACCAAGAAGAAUACUUUGGCGUCUCUUCCGAGGUCAUUGCCCUCACUGUCUCGUUGACGGUCUGCGGCUUCGGUACCGGUCCUCUUCUUUGGUCUCCCCUUUCUGAACUCCUCGGCCGUCGUCUCCUCUGGUUGUGUCCCUUUUUGGUGUACAUCAUCUUCAACAUUCCCUGUGCAUUGGCGCCCAAUAUCGGAUGUUUGCUUGCCAGUCGAUUCCUCUGUGGUUUCUUUGGUUCUGCGCCCUUGACGCUGGCGGGUGGUGCCAUCGCUGAUAUCUGGGGUCCCGAAGAGCGAGGAUUUGCUAUUGCCAUCUUUGCUGCUGCUCCCUACACUGGUCCUGUUAUCGGUCCCCUCAUCGGUGGUUUCAUCGGCAAAUACGCCAACUGGCGCUGGAUAUAUUGGGUCAACAUGAUCGCCGCUGGUGUUGUCUGGGCCGCUACUCUUACCAUCCCCGAGACCUUUGCUCCCGCCAUCCUCAAACGUCGAGCUCAGAAGAUGCGUCAAGACACCCAGGAUCCCUCUUUCGUGACUGAACAAGAGCUCUUCCGAAAGCCUCUGAACGAGAUCGUCAUCGAGACUCUUAUCAGGCCUUUCGAGAUGCUCGCUACGGAACCCAUUCUCCUGUGUAUGUCCUUGUACAUCUCGCUCGUCUAUGGUCUCCUCUACGCCUUCUUCUUCGCUUUCCCUGUGGUCUUUGGCGAAGAUUACGGAUGGGACGAUGCCAAGGUUGGAUUGACCUUUAUCCCCGUCUUCAUCGGUGUCGGUCUCGCCCUCUGUGUCACCCCAUGGCUCGAAAAGAAGUACACUGCCAAGGGCGACCAGGCCGAGCCUGAAGACCGUCUUCCCGGUAUGCUCAUCGGUGGGCCAUUCGUUCCCAUCUCGCUCUUCAUCUUUGGCUGGACGGCGCCUCCUUAUGUCGCUGCCGCGGGUGGCUCUUGGGUCGGUCCUUGUUCUGCCGGUAUUCCUUUCGGUUUCGGUAUGGUCUUGGUCUACUUCAGUGCGAAUGCCUACCUUAUCGAAGCUUUCCCCGACUAUGUCGCUUCGGCGCUUGCAGCCAAGACUGUCGUUCGAUCAGCUGCCGGUGCUGCCAUGCCCCUUUUCAUCACGCAAAUGUUCCACGGACUCGGUAACGGCGGCGCCGCCUCCCUUCUCGCUGGUGUUGCCAUCAUCAUGGCUCUUAUCCCCUUCGGCUUUGCCAAGUGGGGUAAGCAAAUCCGAGCCAAGUCAAAGAGGGCUGCUAUCUGA